AUGACUCCGGCAGCGCUGGAGCAGGCCGCGCCCGGUCGUGGAACAGCAGUGAUGCGCUCAGCGGUGGGUCUGGCGACUUCAGCGGCGGCUCGACACGCAGGCGCUGUCGCGCUGUCGCUGGGCUCCUUCGGUUCGACCCUCAAGCCGGGGCAGGAGUACGCCGGUGUGUAUCCUCCGCCGUUUGGGCCGGAUCUAAGCGCUAGUCCGAGCAAGACUGAGAGUUCCCCGCAGCCCGCAGGAACGGGAAGUGGGCAACUAGCAUCGCCAGCCGGUACCGGCAUCGGUACCACCGCACAGCAGGACACCGCCUGUGCCUCUCCCGCGGAAGAAGCGCUGUACGCCUUCCACCUUGAGCGACUGAACGCAUAUCGGGAUGCGACCUCCACGGGUUUCGGUGAUCUCGCUUGGCUUGCGUUCGAGACGGUUCCGAACCUCACCGAGAUCAGAGCGAUCCGCCGCGCCAUGGCGACAUUGCGAAAUGAGGGUCACUCUGAGGCAAAAGCGAGUCGAGGCGAGGAACGCCCAGAGCCUGAGCAUGUGGGGCGCCCAUUCGAGGGCCGAGAGGAGCGCCAAAUGGGCGGCGAGGCUAACGAUGCCCGUGCCCGCGGUGAAGGUUCAGAGGCGUGUGCGGAAGACUUGGGUGGCGCUGCGGAUCCGUUUAGAGCCGGGGGCCUGCAGCCCACGCAUGAUACCGCAAGUCAUGGAUCUGCAGCUUCCCAGCCACAUUUCUGGAUAAGCUCUGCCUUUCCGGCUGGGCAGCUGGGAGAGGCGCCGAACGGCCCGCAUUCUGUGGCUGAGUGGGCAACGGCGAUGAUCGGUGGCGGGCCAGACUACGCUACCCCCGACGGUGUCGGCCCUCGGUACGGCGAGACUACGCUAGUUGUGUAUCCCGAUGGCGGGUGCGUGUACGACCCACUGACGAAGAACUGGACGGAGAAGACGGGCACCCCGAAUGAAUGGGCUCGCGGUGUCCUCGAUGUGCUCAGGGGAAGGGAGUGGAAGGGUAUCAUUGUAGGCGGAUGCUGCAAGACGGGGCCGGAGGAGAUUGCCGCGCUCCGCAAAACAUUAGACGCGCAGUAG